AUGGACAAGCUUUUGCAAAUGGAAAAAGAAUUCGGAUUGGAGGGAGGAAAACUGUUUGAGUUUGUAGAAAAACAACAAAAGUUAGAAGAAGAAAAAGAAGAAAAGCGUAGACGGUCAGAAGAGGAAAAAGAGGAAAAACGUCGAAAACUUGAGGAAGAAAGAAGGAGGGAAGAGGAAGAGAAAGAAGAGAAACGUAGACAGUUAGAAGAAGAAAAAGAUGAAAAGCCUAGGCAGUUAGAAGAAGAAAAGGAAGAGAGACGUCGAAUACUUGAGGAAGACAGAAGAAAGGAAGACGAAGAGAAAGAGGAAAGACGUUGAAGAGAAGACGAAGAAAUAGAAGCUAGGGGCAAGAACGUGAACUGAGAAAAUUAGAGCUGGGAGCAGACCUGUUGAAGCAGAAAGAGGGUAUUGAAGCUGCUAAGAGAGAGCAUGAACUAGAGCUCGCUCGUCUAGGACAAGGUCGUAACUUCGUCGAACGCGCUGAAUUGAGAGAGGAUAGGGCUAAUGCACCUAAGCUUCCCUCAUUCGUUGAUGGCAAGGACGACUUGGAUGCUUACCUACAACGAUUUGAGAGAUUCGCAGCUACAGCUAAAUAG